UUUGUCUACACAGGGAACGCCAGGUUGUUAGUUAACCCUGUGUACAAUAAGUGUAUCCAGCAAAAUGACAGGUACGAUGUGGAUUCGGUAACUGCGACAGUAGCUGUACUUAUGUCGUAUCCUGCUCGUGUGUUGACUGGUUUGUUCCAUUUGCUUUAAAGGGAACGUUAGCUGUCGCGGUGGAGCCUGUAAUCCAGCUAGAUAGCUAGCUAGCAUAGAUAGUCAAGAAAGCAAAUCAAAAUGUCGAUUCAGUAUGAGGAACCACUGGGAAGCUACAGUGGCGACUCUUUGAAAGACUUCGACUAUGGAGUGGACGAACCCGACAUCGAGGACAAUUCACCCUCCUCUGAUAGCAAACCAAGAAUAUUACUAAUGGGUUUGCGACGGAGCGGAAAGUCAUCUAUUCAGAAGGUGGUCUUUCAUAAGAUGUCGCCCAAUGAGACCCUGUUCUUGGAGAGCACUAACAAAAUCUACAAAGAUGACAUAUCGGACAGCUCCUUUGUAAAUUUCCAAAUCUGGGACUUCCCAGGUCAAGUGGACUUUUUUGACCCCACCUUUGAUUAUGAGAUGAUUUUCAGGGGAACUGGGGCUUUGAUCUUUGUGAUAGAUGCACAGGAUGACUACGUUGAAGCCCUAGGCAGGCUCCAUCUUACGGUCUCACGAGCCUUCAGAGUGAACCCAGACAUCAACUUUGAGGUCUUUAUUCAUAAAGUGGAUGGCUUGUCUGAUGACCACAAAAUUGAGACCCAGAGAGAUAUACACCAGAGAGCCAACGAUGACCUAGCAGAUGCCAGUCUAGAGAAGCUCCACCUCAGUUUUUAUCUAACCAGCAUAUAUGAUCACUCCAUAUUUGAGGCCUUCAGUAAAGUAGUUCAGAAGCUCAUCCCUCAGCUCCCCACACUAGAGAACCUCCUAAACAUCUUCAUAUCGAAUUCUGGGAUUGAGAAGGCCUUCCUGUUUGACGUUGUCAGUAAGAUCUACAUCGCCACAGACAGCUCCCCUGUGGACAUGCAGUCAUAUGAGCUGUGUUGUGACAUGAUCGACGUUGUCAUAGAUGUUUCCUGUAUUUAUGGCCUCAGAGAAGACGGCAGUGGAAGUGCCUAUGACAAAGAGUCUUUAGCCAUUAUCAAGCUCAACAACACCACAGUCCUCUACCUGAAGGAGGUCACCAAGUUCCUGGCACUAGUCUGUAUUCUAAGGGAGGAGAGCUUCGAGAGAAAAGGUUUGAUAGACUACAACUUCCACUGUUUCCGCAAAGCCAUCCAGGAAGUGUUUGAAGUGGGCAACUCUGUCCAAAGAUCGGGCUUUCUGGACGGCAGCCCGCCGACUAGCAGCCUAGCCAGCCUGAAGGCAGGAACUCUCAAUGGCACCCCCAGGAAUGUUGUUUGAUGUUUGGAACAGUGGGGGCAAGGAGAC